UGCAUGAUUAACAGGGCUACGCUUUUCUAGUCCAGAGGCAUCUAUUGAGCUUUAAACUACAGGAGGUCUUAUGUCACGUCAUUUUGGGUUCCAGAUUGCGCUCAACAUGAACAUGUGACUGGUCUGGGCGCUCACAUGGCCGCAGUGGCUUCAUGAUCCGCUUUGGUUUUUUAAAAGUCCGGUGAUCGGUAGCUCCUGCAGCAGCUAAGCGACCAUCAGGGGCAGAGGAACGCUGGAAAACACAGCGCCUACCCGGACGGAUCAUGGCGAACAGUGGGCAGAAAGUUGUGCUGAUCACCGGCUGCUCCUCGGGCAUCGGGUUACGAAUCGCCGUCACGCUGGCCAAAGAUGAAAAGAAGCGUUACCAUGUCAUUGCCACCAUGCGGGACCUAAAGAAGAAGGAUAAGCUUCUGGAAGCAGCUGGAGAUGUAUUUGGGAAGACCUUGAUGUUGCUCCCAUUGGACGUAUGCAGCGAUGACUCUGUCAAGGAGUGUAUCAACAAUGUUAAAGACCGCCACAUUGAUAUUCUGAUCAACAAUGCAGGUGUGGGCUUGCUUGGACCAGUGGAGAGCAUCAGCAUCGACGAAAUGAAAAGAGUUUUUGACACCAACUUCUUCGGUGUGGUUCGCAUGAUCAAAGAAGUGAUGCCAGACAUGAAGAAGAGGCGUUCAGGACACAUCGUGGUCAUGAGCAGCGUUAUGGGUCUCCAAGGAGUGGUGUUUAAUGAUGUUUACACAGCCUCUAAGUUUGCAAUGGAAGGGUUCUGUGAGAGUAUGGCUGUGCAGCUGCUGAAGUUCAAUAUACGGUUGUCCAUGAUUGAACCUGGCCCUGUGCACACUGAGUUUGAGACGAAAAUGAUGGAAGACGUGGCUAAGAUGGAUUUUCCAGGAGUCGAUGCAGACACAGUUCGAUAUUUUAAAGAUGUUUACCUUCCAUCAUCCAUAGAUAUAUUUGAAGCCAUGGGCCAGACUCCAGAGGACAUAGCUAAAUGCACUAAGAUGGUUAUUGAGUCGGAGAGGCCUCGCUUUAGGAAUCUGACCAACAGCCUCUACACACCCAUUGUGGCCUUAAAAUACGCAGAUGAGACUGGCGGCCUGUCUGUGAACACCUUCUACAACUUGCUUUUCAAUUUUGGCCCUCUCAUGCACAUCACCAUGAGCAUCCUAAAGUGCCUGACGUGUAGCUGCCUUCGCAGACGCACCAUCUCUCCCAACUAAAUACAGUGUUGAGUUGUGUCCACUGCCCUAACCCCUCAGUGUCUUUAUUUGAGGUUCUGAGCUGAGCAGGUAAUGUAGAACAUGAAGCUCAAAGUGAGGGGGCUAGAUUUAGUUCUAAGAAACUACUAUGAUAAGCUUUGACAGAUGAUAUGCACAAUUGCACAAGUUUUCUUCUGAGGGGAUGGUAUAUCCAAGGUGAUCUAAGUAGAGAGGCAUACGUCAAGAAAUGGUAAUACAAACAAAACUAACAUUGGCUUAUUGCAUAUAUUUGCUGAAAAAAAAGCCAUAUCUCACUUAUUUUUAAAUGAGGAGCUCAGAGGAAACAAAAUCCACAAGAUAUAAAUCUCAUGGACAAAUGCAAAAGCACAAAAACUGAACUCAGUUAAUAUGUGAAACUAUGAAAUUAUAAGAAAUGUCAGGUAAGUAAUAACUAGUAGCCAAGAUAACUUUAUGUUAAGUCUCAGAGUUAUGGCUUUUAUAACAGUCAGAACAUACAAAUCUGCUUUUAAUGUAUUGUGUCUAUAAUUUUAUGUUUGCUUUAAUGUAGUGUUCUUGUGGUCAUAACUGCUGUUUAGUCAUGUUUUUAAUCUUUUGGUAAAUUGAAUGGUUUUGGUUUUUAAAAGUUCAAAAGGUCCAAGCUAGAUUUUUUGUUUUAAUUUUGAAGUUUGAUUUUAAAAUAAACAGUGUUCUGACUUA